GGAGUACUCGAUCCACGUUAGUAAUACACGCUCAUUGUUCAGAUCUAAAACAUUACAGACAAUACUGUUGAUUUUAUUCCUGUAAAAGACGUUGAGCUUGUAAGAAACAGACUAUUUAUAAAAUGAGGAAUAUUAUUGGAACAGGAAAACUCUGCUUUUAUACAGACAUGUGUAACAAAAACGUUUCUGGAGACGGUUCCGAGAUCAAGUGUGGACGGUUAAAUUUGAUACAGGAACAUAAGGGGAAGAAGUUAAAAGUUCAAGUGUUCGUUCGUGUGUACCGUAACAGUUUUGAACAUUUUUUGGUUCUGUACAAAGACAAUAAGUUCAGUCUGCAGUCGGGAUAUAUCAGCCUGAAGAACUGCCUGGUCAGUAAAUGUACUGGCAAGGAGACGCAGUUUCGGGUAACGCUGAACGAUUACGAGGGGACCGGUGUCGUGUUCGAGUCUAGCAACCGUAAAGAGGCGGACGAGUGGCAGGAGGCGCUACAGUCACAGAUCGUGUCAUCGUCACCGCCUAUGAGCGCCAUCUCCCCCAGUCUGUCGCCCGUGAUCCCCCGGUCGCCGCUCAUGCCCACCGUUACGGAAGAGAGCGACGAGGAGAGUUGAGCGCCGACGACGAGAACACUUGUGUGAAUCUUAUCGUAGACACUUUUAAUGGUGGAUCCUCUAAAUCCAUGACUGUUGGAAAUAUCGGUGUGGAUCCAACAGUGUGUUCCGAAGAAUUCCAUGACUCUACGGGGGUCCUGUCUCGUGUGUUAGUACAUGAAUAACUUGCACUAGCAGACACAUAUAUGUUAUUGUGAACCAUCGUUCCAUUACAUUCUUUGUCAGGCAUUUCAAGUAUUAUUAUUAUACGGUGCCCCAUAGAUAGUAUAGACAUGAACUAUUAGACAGUUGAAAAGUGAGAUAAUCGUGUCAUAAGUCAUGUUACGUAAUGCGUUGUACCGUCGAAAGCCUUAAAUGCGUCAUACCAGAUCUGGGAAGGGAUUGCGAACCGGUCGACCUAUCUUGGCAAAUAAACCCACACACCCAGAGUGAAAAUCACUUCAGCAGACGAGAAAACAAACGUAGCAGACGAGGGUUUUACCUGAUCAGACGAUACUUUAUCUCACCUGGCGGUGGGCCAAGUACUCGGGACCACCGAGACUCGCACCGGUGGUUGUGAUAUCUCUGACUCACUCAGAGUUGUUUUGAACAUUAAAAGUUCAAAUUCACUACGGAGAAACGACUUAUUUACUUGUUUCAUAUUGUUCAUCUAUUACAGCACUUUGUAAUAAGAUUAAAAGUGCGUCAUCGUUGUACAACAUUAUUUAUUUAUUGAUCGCUAUUAAAGUUCAAAUCAUUGA